AUGGCCGAUCACGAUAAGCCCCCCGCGUACGGCGGUCCCCCUCCUCCCCAACAUCCUCAGCAAGCCUACCAAGGAUACGGCUCUCCUCCGCCCCAGGGCCCCGGAGGAUACGGCACUCCCCCGCCCGGCCAGCAGCCCUACUACUCUCCCGGCCCCGAGAUGGGCUACCCGCAAGGCCCCUACCCGCCGCCAGGCCAGUACCCCCCGGGACAGUAUCCUCCGGGACAAUACCCCCCAGGUCCUUACGGCCCUCAAGCGCAGUACGGCCCCCCGGGCGGCUACUACCAAGAUAACCGAGGCGGCGGCGGCGGUAGCGGCAUCAUGGCUGGUCUGCUCGGUGCACUUGCCUGCUGUUGCUGUCUCGACUGCUUGUUCUAA